AUGGCCGAUUUUAGUGCCGAGUCUAUACUGGAGUACGAGGAAAUUGUAAGGAAAUUGUUUGCUAGCGAAGACGAAGGCUUCGAGUUUUAUAACAAAUAUGCAUUUGAUAAAGGGUUUAGUGUGAGGAAAAGCUAUGUGGAGUGGGACGAUGCCAAAACUGAGAUAAUCCUGAGGAAGUUUGUGUGCAGUUGGCAAGGUUUCCGUGAAGAGAAGUACAUGGCCAAGGAAACUAAGAAGAGGAGGCCACGGAACAUCAGUCGGGUUGGAUGUGAAGCCAAAUUGGUCAUUGCACGUGACCAGGAAACAGGGUGGUGGUUUGUGAAGGACUUUAUCGAUGGGCACAACCAUGUGCUGGCGACAAGGGACCUUGUAUGUUUCCUACGUUCGCACAGAAGAAUCAGUGAUGAGCAAAAGGUUGAUAUUGUGGAGAUGGAAAUUUCUGGAAUCCGCAAGCACCAUAUUAUGGAUAUUCUGGAAAUGCAGUAUGGGGGUUAUGAUAAUGUCGGAUGUAUGAGUAGGGACUUGUACAAUUUCUGCUAUCGCUAUAAGUAG